AUGCUUAGAUCGGUUCGAGGGACUGCCUGGAAAAGGUACUUCAGUUCCAAACCUAACGGUCUCUUUACUCCUAAUGAAGAGAUAGAAGCCACUCUGAUCCCAUCAACGUUGUUGAAACAACUUGAGAAACCUAGGAUUGAAGUUGAAUACGAAAUGUUAAGUCCAGAACACAUUUCAGAUUUGAUACUAAAGCCUAGCGUGAACGAUCUUUUUUUUAUCAGUUUUGCCAUGGGAUCUCCAUUCCUAGGCAAGGAUUAUCAAGUUAUUCCCAAAGAUCCCAAGGAUAAGAACUCCACUGUGUUUUUGAAAUUUAGCGAUAUCGCUAACGACUAUAUCAAUGUGUUCAACCAACAAGUCAAACGUUUAAAUGAACUCCCCAGCCCACCAGUGAUACCGCUAAAUCAGAAUGUGGAAUAUACCAUACAAGAACAAAUUUCAAAAUACAAAGAAGAUGUUGGGGAACUCGAUUUAUUCGAAUUUCUGAAUAUCACCCAUCUUGGUAAUCUUUUACAACUUGCUGAGUCUUACAGAAUGAACUUGGAGAACAAGAAGGAUAGUAGCUUAUCCAAUUCUUCUGUGACGAUUGAUAAUUUCUGUAUUUUUCUUCUUAGUCAAUUAGAAGCCGAAGUUGAAAGUUUUCCGCCUGUCAUAAGCUUCAUUGAAAGUAACCUUGGUUUAUUUAACAACGAAGGUUUAACUACCAUUGUACAAUUAUUGAUAUCAAGAUUCCAAGACAUAAAUGAUGCAGGGGCUAUUGAAAUUUUCCAGAAUUUUAUUACAAAAAUUUAUAAUGAUCAUAGUUAUGUGGCAUCCAAGCUCGAUUCUUUCCUGAUAGAUGUAUUGGCUAGAAAAGCUUUACAGAACGGUGAAUACGAAAAGGGACUGCAAAUAUUGAAAGUAUUGGUGGAAAGAAAUUCUUUGUUACCUUCUAAUGAUACGAUAACCAGAUUUUUUGAGUCUUUACCUAAAGAAUUCACAACCCUAACCAAAGAACAAUUCAUACGAGAAACUAGUUUCAUGAAGCCAGCUAUUUUCCAAUCUUCCAUCAGUGAGGAAACUGCAAAGGUCAUUCUUCGAUAUGGGGUCGAAAAUUUAACUGAAAUGGAACAUUUUAUGAGAUUGAUACCAAACAACAUCACCAAACAACUCGUCAGCGAGAUUAUAUCAAAAACCGUUGACAUUUCAGAAACAUCUUUAACAGUUACUCAAAUGGUCGUUUGUUUGCUCAAGACAGGGGCAACAUUGAAUGAAGAUAUAACGAGACAAAUACAAGAAUUUUACAAAAGUAAAGGACAAGAUUCCAAUAAAAGAUACUUAAAUUAG